AUGUGUAGUCGGCCCGCGGUCCGAUUUCUCCGACCCCGGCUCGAUGUUGUCGUGGGAGGGGAGGUUGGAUUGUUGGCCAUCCGAUUCGCAUCCAAAGCUGAGGCUCUGCUGGCUCCCGUUGCUGCACCGCUUGCUCCUGUGCACUUGGGGUCUGAACCCCCUGCUCCUAUGGUCACAAUGGACCCCCCUGCUCCCGUUGCUGCGCCGCCUGUCCCCGCCGUCCCUGCUGCACCGCCUGCCACCGUUGUCCCCUCUACGGCGAUCCCAGCCGUUGGAUCAUCAACGCAGGCGGUGUCCGCCAACACAGGCGGACAGGCCCCGGCUGUGGGGCUGGGGGAAGCUGUCCAAUCUGCUCUUGUGGUUCAACCGCCAGCCCCAGCGGGACAGCAGCGACGUCCCUUGUCACCUGACCGCCGCCCUUCUCGCCCUCAUUCUCCCGCACCGCGCGAGGAGCAGGAGUCGUCGCGACGCCGGCAUGACUCGCCUCGGCAUUGCCAGACGCAAGCGAAUUGGCCUACACAUCGCGGUGGUCGUGGCGGCUGUAGGGGAGGUCGCGGUCGCGGAGGUGGCGGGUCGUAUGUUCAGCCGCUGACGCUUGCGGACGUGCAGCGGAUUGUGAUGGCUGCGAUGCACGAGGAGAGGCCCGGGCAGGCGAGCCAGAGCAGCUCACUGCAGGCCGCACUAGCGCCUGUUGCCCUUCCUCCGACUGUGAUUGCAAUGCCGGCUGCUGCUCCACCUCCUCCUGUUCACGCUCCCUCAGCUCCCGUGCAUGGUUCUCGUCUCCGGAUCCCCUGGGUCCCGCCGGUGGCGGGCAUGGAGUUUGUGGCAUCAGUUGGAGGAGUGAUGAGGGCGGAGUACCCCCCUCUCAUUGCCACUGGUCUUGACCCUUCUGAUGCGGAUGAUCUGCUUCCCUUUCUGGUGGAGGCAAUUCUUCCCCCGCAAACUCGUGUUCCGGAGGCGACGCUUGGGCAACUGUUUCGCCUCGUAGAGAGCCUCUGGGCUCUCCUUCUGAUCCAAGUGCUGGCACACGCGUCUCUCCCCCUAGUCCCUGCCGACUCCCUUCUUGACAGGCCACGGGAGAAUUGCCUUGACGCGGCCGACCAGCUUGCCCUAUUGCUGGUGCCCAUGUUGGCAGUGCCUGCAAAGGGUGGCGCUGCGGCUUAUGGGCAGCUUGACGAAGAUGUCUGA